CAAAAAAUAUUACAAGCCAUUUCACCUCAGGCGACAUGUCACACACUGUCCAUUCCAAUGCUAACAGACAGGCAUCACACUGCUGGGUGAAAUGUUACCAAAACAUCUGCACUGUGCAUUUUUUUUUUCAGAAAGCAGAAGCGAGUGUGUGGGUGUCAGGAAAUAACAAAGAAAACAAAUCCAGCUAGAUAAAAUGGAGAUAAUGUGCUCUCAUAUCUAAACACAGUUACCAGCUGUGACACAGACUCUCAGAUUAAAGUAGCUAUCUUUUAAUGUCUCUGCUUUAAGUGAUAAUCUCACACAGCUCCUCUCACUUGUCUGACUACUUCUUCUUUUAGCAGCAAGUCAACAGGAUGUGUGCCAAAACCACAGCAGUGUCAGAAGAGCCGUGAGCCUGUUUCAACAUGUUGCAGUCGAGUCUGUCAUAAUCAAAUGAGCAGCACUCCAAGACAGCAGCAGCAGCAGAAGCAGCAGCAGAUUACAGCUGCUUUGACAGCUUUUAAAUUCAUCUCAAAUGAAAACCCUUUUCUCUGGACCAUACAAAGCAACUGUGUGAUGGUUCCUUCUGCUUUUGACAACACUAUUUCAUAACAGAAUGGCAUGUCAUAUGUGGGCUAUGUAAAUAGGGGUGGGCUGUGGUAAGAGGAACAGGAAGAGAAGAGACGAGAGAGAAGGUAGCACUCAGACAGAACGGGUGAGAGCUUGUCACGUCGGCAUGUGAAACUCUUCAUAGCGGGCUUUUUUUUUUUCUUUGUACAGAUUUUUGGAAAAACAAGUGACAAGAAAUAUGCUUUGCUUGGACUGUGGUGACUUUAAAGGAUGAUGCUGUAAAGGAACAAUGUUAAAGGCUUUGACAGCAAGAUAAAUGGACUGUGCAGAGAUCAAAGUUGAAAUGGCUGAAGAGGGGCUGCCCAGACGUCUCCACAUCACUGAAGAAAGAGACACAGCAGAGGGUGUUGCAGCAAAAGAUGCAGAUAUCACUUCAGCUUUCACUGUCAAGAGCUACAGCGAACAUUCAGCUCUGAAAAAGGAAGAGGAACACACAGAGGUGGAGGACAAGAAAGAAGAAGAUGCAACAAGUGAAAUGUGUUUAGAAGAGCAGAGUUUGGGAAAUCAACAAGAAGCCAAGGCAGAGGAUUUCAAAGAAAGAGGGGGGAAACCAGAGGACUCUGAGAACAUGAGCGAAGGACAAAGUGCAGAUGAUAGUAAGAGUGACAAGCAGACACUUGAGACGAUGAGGAUUAAUGAGAAACCAAGUAAAACAGAGGAUGAAAAAGUCAAAGAAAAUAAUCCUCAAGUGGACGUACAAAGUUUGAAUUCCUCUGAGCAACAACCUGAAGGAGACACCAAUAAGGCUCACCGGUUAACCCCUGACUUCCCUGAGUCGCUGUACGAGCUGCUCUGCACCCUCCAGGAGGGGAGGCGGCUCAAUGACCAGCGCUGCUCCUUCAGCCUGGAGGCCGGAGGGCUCAGAAGGAGGAGGUGCCACUCUGAGCCCAACACCGGCAAGCCAGCACACAGAGUGGUCUUUUCUUCCAUGACUUCACUGCAGAAAGAGGAGUUCUUCGAGCUGGUGGCCACCUCUCAGGCUCGUAGGCUGGAUGACCAGAGGGCGCAGCUCGAAAGAUCUCCACCAACAAAAACUAAGGGCAGAAGUUUCAGAGGCAGCUUAAAGCAGCUCUCUUUUGUGAGAAGGCCCGUGUCUGUACCUGCACCAGCUCCUGCACAAGCUCCUGUGCCCAAAGAGGAUCUGUACAACAUGAUCCUCACCACACAAGCUCAGGGCAGACUGGAGGACCAGCGCAGCAGGGCUCCAGGUCCCAUGGACGACGAGGACUUCUUCUCCCUGCUCCUGAGGGUCCAGGGAGGACGCAUGGAGGAGCAGAGGACUGAACUACCAUGCCUCCUGCAAACUUGAGAUGGAAAACAAAGACAAAAACUGGGAUUCACAGUGGGAGCCAUCCAGUAUUGUAGCUUUUUUAGCUUUACUAACUGUUAAAAUUGUUGCUUUUCACCUUUUUGAUGCUUUUUUAGGACAAUGUCAUCCCUUGGGACCCUUACAGCGCUAAAGCUGUUGAGAUUGUAGCUGAAACAGCUAAUGUUUGAGCAACAGAGCUUUCAAAGUGACUAAAGCGAGCAUCCUGAUGUGUUUGUGAAGUUUACUGGUUUUUAUUUUAUUUGUAUUUUUAGGAGCAGCAGUUAUGCUUUUUAUAUCCUGUGCUGAGUGUAUGUGAUGAGUGGUUGAGUGGUUUUGUGUUUGCACAGUCCUAAGAUUGAAGGAGACAGUCUGCCGGUCUCUAUUGUUUCUCCUUUUUGUACAACAGUUAUUAAACACACCAGGGAUGGCGGUAAGUUGACAUAAACUCAAAGAGCACAGAGCAUUGGACUGUAUGAAAAAAUCUCCUUCAGAAAAUAAACAAAAUGUAUAUCAGAGCAAGCUGUAUUUAUCCUUUAUUCGAUUUGUUUGAAAUGUGGUCAGGAGAAAAAUAUACACCCUUCACGGAAAUCAUCAAA